CCCACAGAAUUAAGAAUUAAACCGGAAACUCUGAGCCACCGAAAUCGUUACUCACAAACCAAAACCCCCAAUUCGAAACCCUAACCCUCCAAUCCAAUCGACCCCGGCUUCCUGCUUCAAUUCGGCUCGGGCAAUAAAGGGAGUCUGACUGGUUUCAGCAUUACCAACACAGCCCCACCCAUUUGUGCCGAUUGACCGGUGCAGGUUUGGCUUUCCAAGUGAUUUCUAAUUUCCAAUGGCAUGCUCUUUACGACGCUUCUCCAGUCAUGCUCGCAUUUCUCAAACCACUAUUACCGCCUUAGGGCCCAAAGACCAUCUGCAAAGCAAGGCUAUAAUACACCCACCUGCCAGAACUGUGGCUCAACAAAUAUCAGGGUCCCUAUCCAGAUCCGCCACAUUCAGUCACUCUCGCACCCUCUGCACAGCCACUGCAGCAAGCGAGACACGGACCAAGAAUCUUGAGCGCAUUGCUGAUGAGCUCUUGGACCUCUCAAAGAUUGAGAGGCAUGAUUACUCCAUCCUCUUCAGGCUCAAAAUGGGCCUCAACCGGUAUGGCCCCGCAAUCUCAGGGAUGAGUGCCGCAUCUUCUGAAUCUGGGCCUGCUUCCACAGACUCUAAGGUGGCAGAGAAGGUCGCAUUUGAUAUAAAGCUUGAGAAGUUUGACGCAGCGGCAAAGAUCAAGAUCAUAAAGGAGGUUAGGACUUUCACAGAUUUGGGACUAAAGGACGCUAAAGAGUUGGUGGAAAAGGCUCCUGUUGUGCUGAAGAAGGGUGUGACCAAAGAGGAGGCAGGGCCUAUUGUUGACAAGCUUAAGGAGUUAGGUGCUACUGUGGUAUUGGAAUGAAAUCACAGUUGUCUUUCGUUUGAUUCUUUUUGUCCUUUUGGUUCAUGUAGAAUAGUUAUCGAUGAGUCUAAUGAUAAAUGGAGAAAUUUUUUAGUUGGUUCAGUUAGGACUCCUUUUGUUUUUAUGUUGAUUGGAAAUUGGCUUUGAAUGAAUUAUACAGUGCAUGCCUAACGUUUCAGACA